AUGUCGACCCUGUUUGUUCUGAGUCUGCUGCGGACAUAUUUACAUUCGACUCAGCAACGAGAGCCGUUGCGGGUGCUGCAAAAGGUGUACGAGAAAUCGGCCCAAAACGGAAGCCUUGCCACAGACGGAAAUCCCAAGGUGUCGGAGAAGGAGGACAAAUCCAAGGAAUCAGAAAGCGCAGGGGUGGAAAAUGGCAAGAGUCGGACAAAGCAAGGGCCGAAACGGAUAAAAGGCGACAUCAGCAGGAGAGCAAGCAGGAACGGAGAGGCUGGGAGUGUGGCUCACAAGAUCCAAGCUUUAGUAUUUUAUUCAUCCUUGACGGCCAGCACAGAGAAGAUUACCAAGUCUUUGGCACAGGAGCUGGCAGCUUCCUUGGGCUGCACCGACGACGAGGAAUUCGACUCCGCAUUCCUCCCACCGAAAGUGCUGGAUCUGGCUGAGGUUGACUACGACGAAUACUUUAUCACACCCCCAAAAACCGACUACGAGCAGGUCGACUUCUUUUAUCUCUUUGCUAUCCCGAGUUACAACAUUGACAGCAUAAACGACAAUUUCCUUGAGCAUCUCAAGGAGACACAUCACGACUUCCGCAUCGACACGUCGCCGCUUGCUCCCAUUCUAGGGUACUCGGUGUUUGGCUUUGGUGACAGGGAAGGCUGGCCGACUGAAGAAGAAGGUUUCUGCUUUCAGGCUAAGGAGGUCGACAAGUGGAUGGCGAAGCUCACCGGACGGAAGCGGGCAUACCCGCUUGGCAUGGGCGACUGGAAGCGGGAUGGCAAGGAAAGAUUGUUGGAAUGGAGGACUGGGUUAACGGACGUCUUGAAGCAGUUGGAACGGACUGGAAGCUUGGGAGACGGGGUCCCAGGUUCUGGAGAUCCAUUGGAAAGCGACGACGAGGAGGAGGCUGAAGACGAUGGCGAGGUGGUCGUUGAGGAGGUAUCCAUUUCCAAAGCGACGAAAGGGCGUGGUGCUGGCAGUAUCGAGGAUGUCGAAGACAUUGGCCGAAUCAUGGAGAUGUCACGGACAGACGACCCCGGCCAAAAGCCAGCAGCGACACUCGCCAUCGACUUCACCAGCGAGGGCAAGCAGGUAACCAAGAAGACCGUCGCCGUCACAAUCAAGGAAAUGGUGCCAAAGAGCUCGCCCACCUACGCUGCCCUGACCAAGCAGGGUUACUCGAUCGUCGGUUCCCACUCAGGGGUCAAGAUCUGCCGCUGGACGAAAUCCGCUCUGCGCGGCCGGGGAUCCUGCUACAAAUUCUCCUUUUACGGCAUCAAUUCACACCAAUGCAUGGAGUCCACCCCAUCUCUCUCCUGCUCUAACAAAUGCGUCUUCUGUUGGCGCCACGGCACCAACCCCGUCGGCACGACCUGGCGGUGGGUGGUGGACCCGCCCCAACUGAUCUUUGACGGGGUCAAAGAGAACCACUACAAAAAGAUCAAGAUGAUGCGCGGCGUGCCGGGGGUCCGGGCCGAGCGCUUCGCUGAGGCCAUGCGCAUCCGGCACUGCGCCCUCUCGCUCGUCGGCGAGCCUAUAUUCUAUCCGCACAUCAACGAGUUUCUGCGGCUGCUUCAUGGCGAGCGCAUCUCAUCCUUCCUCGUCUGCAACGCCCAGCACCCGGACCAGCUCGCGGCGCUGCAGCAUGUCACGCAACUGUACGUCAGCAUCGACGCGUCCAACCGUGAGUCGCUCCGCCGCAUCGACCGCCCGCUGCACCGCGACUUCUGGGAGCGCUUCCAGCGCUGCCUCGACAUCCUUCGCGAGCGCCGCGUCCGCCAGCGCACCGUCUUCCGCCUGACGCUGGUCAAGGGUUUCAACAUUGACGACGAGGCCGAGGGGUACGCCGACCUGGUCGAGAGAGGCCUGCCGUGCUUUGUCGAGGUCAAGGGCGUGACCUACUGCGGCACCUCGACGUCGAGCAGCGCGGGGCUGACUAUGGCAAAUGUGCCGUUCUACCAGGAGGUGUGCGACUUUGUCGUGGCGCUGGAGAAGGCGUUGCGGAAGAGGGGGCUAGCGUAUGGGAUCGCGGCCGAGCACGCGCACAGUUGCUGUAUCCUGCUUGCUAGCGAGCGGUUCAGGGUGGAUGGCAGGUGGCAUACGCUGAUUGAUUAUGAUCGGUUCUUCGAGCUGCUGGAGGAGAAAGGACCGGAUGGGGAAUUCACUCCCGAGGAUUACAUGGGCCCGCCGACCCCUGAGUGGGCGACCUGGGGGAAUGGAGGGUUUGAUCCGAGAGAUCAGAGAGUGGAUAAAAAGGGGCGGCCAAUCGAGGCGGUCUAG